AGCAUCUGCGAGACGCGAGGUCGCGAAGCGGGAGCAGAAGUGGCAGAACUUAAAUCUUGAACAUGCGGUGUUGUGUGCCUUUCUGCAGGAACACUGCAGCCAAUGUGCGCACAGCAGAGGGCAGACGCAAGGACGAGGGGAUUACUUUUCACGGUUUCCCUAGUGAAGCAUGUCUACGUGCAGCUUGGCUCAGAGCCCUCGGCAAACAAGACACUCACCUGCCAGACUUUGCUGUGGUCUGCUCGCAGCAUUUUCUAAGUGAUGACUUCAGUGAGACAGAAAGUGGCUUGAGGCAGAUUGCUCCUGGCGCUAUUCCUUCAACAGUGCUGGUCUGCACAAUGUGCCUGGACAGUGACAGCAAGCAGUUGCCAAUGAGUAAAUACAAGUUGGAUGAGGCAUACCAACAGUUUAUUGGUCUUCCUUUGUGUGAUCGAGGGAACCUGCAACAAACACUUUGUGUACGAUGUGCUCACAGACUGAUAAACGUCACCAGAUUUAGAGACAACAGCUUGAGAACCCGCUCACUGAUGAAGGACUUAGUUGAGAAACAUGAAGUUAUAACAAACCAACAUAUAAAAAUGAUAACCCAAGACCAGAUACAUCUAAAACGCAAGUUUGUGAUUACAACUUUUGCUCUCAACUAUUGUGACUUACACAUUGUAGAAGAGCACGAUAAAGACAAACAGACGGAAUCAGUAGAAACUGUACACAGUGACAUAGUUGUUGUGAAAACUGAAGACAGUCUUGACGCUAUGUCGGCGGAUGAAAACUUGGAAGUGAAAGAAGAAUAUGAUGAACUGGAUGCAUCAAAUGGACAGCACUCGGCAUCUGACGAGAGCUCAUUGUGGAGACCAAGUCUACUGGAUGAAGUUCUGCAACAGGAGCAAGCUUUGAACCCAACAGUUGCACGUUUGACCAGAAUACAGGAUCUGGUGACGUUUCCAGAUGAGACUGUCAUUAAGCAAGAGUUCAGUGCUCACAUGAGCAUGCACCGUCAGACCAGCGAUGCUGACAGCGAAUGUGUGACGUCACAAGUGAGUGAGCCUGAUGCAGCUGUGAGCUCUGGCUGGCACUCGGCGCACCUCAUUGAGCACAAUUAUGCAGCUCAGCGCGUGGACGAUGACUCUCCCCCUCCCACAGACGUGGCUGCACCUGCAGGUAUUUCAUUGUCUGUGGCAACUGUGGAUGCAGAAGACGGUACAUUGAAGAAAACUAAACAAGAACUUGGCAAAUGGACUCCUCGUAAUGUCAAUAUGAAACAGAUACUAGUACUCGCGGAACAUCACAAUGCCAAGAAAUUUUUCGUUUGCUAUUUUUGUCAAUACAAAUCUAUCCACAAAAAUGACUUAGCAGAUCACAUGCUAACUCACGCGCUUGAAAAUCGAAAGCCGGCCUUGAAAAAGUUUUUCUAUUGUGAUUUUUGUAAACACAAAUCUACCCACAAAGCGAGUUUAGCUGUGCACAUUAGAACUCACACUGGGGAAAAGCCAUUUUCUUGUAAUUUAUGCAAGUAUAGAGGUUCUACCAAAGGUCUUUUAAAACUUCACAUGCGAACUCACACCGGUGAAAAGCCUUAUUCUUGCAAGUCGUGUGAGUUCAAAUGUGCCCAUAAAAGUGCCUUAGUGACUCAUAUGCGAACUCACACUGGUGAAAAGCCUUAUGCUUGCAAUUUAUGUGAAUUCAAAGCUUCUCAAAGAUGUAGUGUAGUUUAUCACAUACAACGUAUUCACAGUGGUGAAAAACGUUAUACUUGUAAGUUGUGUGAGUAUAAAUGUUCAGUUAAAGACACGUUAUUAAAACAUAUUAAGCGAAGUCACGCUAGUGGAAAAUUUUACUCUUGUAAUGUAUGCGAGUUUAGGAGUACUCUAAAACCUAUCCUAUUGAGUCACAAACGAACUCACGGUGAAAAGCCAUUUUCGUGUAAUUUUUGUGAGUAUAAAUGUAGGACAAAAACUAUCUUAUCCAACCACGUGCGUAUUCACACUGGUGAGAAACCGUAUUGUUGUGACUAUUGCGGGCAAAAAUUUGCUUUUAGAGGUACCUUAAGAAGUCAUAUACGAACUCACACUGGUGAAAAGCCUUAUUCAUGUAAGUUGUGCAAUUUCAAAACUGCUCACGGUGAGCACAUAAUAACCCAUAUGCGAACUCACACUGGUGAAAAGCCUUAUUCUUGCAAAUUGUGCAAGUACAAAAGCGCUCAAUCUCAAACCCUGCGUAUUCAUAUGCGAACUCACACUGGUGAAAAGCCUUAUUCCUGCAAGUUUUGUGAGUUCAAAUGUUCUCAAAGAAGUAGCCUAAUGACUCACAUGCGAGCUCACACUGGUGACAAACCUUACUCUUGUCAGCUAUGCGAGUAUAAAUGUGCACGUCACAUGUCUCUCAAGCAGCACAUGCUCACACACACUAGCGAGGCCCUGUAACACGCGCACGCACACUGUCAGGCUCAACACGUGUGUGCGCACAGAGUAUAGUGAAUACACAAGCAAGCAGUCUGUCAUGGAAGGACACCUUCCUUUAUUCAUAAGAGUCCUUAACAUUGACUUUUUGCGUCAACGUUCCUAAUAAGAACUGCCAAAAUGUGGAAUGCCCUUCCGGCGUCUGUGUUUCCUGUCACGUAUAGUUUGUGCACCUUCAAGGCAAGAGUGUAUAGGCAUCUUCUAGGCAAGCGGGCUUCAUCUUAGCCCUCAUCAUUGCUUUCCAUCAGGCUUGAUUGUAGUCAAGCGUAAGCGUAAUUACAUAAAAAAAAUUUAAAAAACUUCCAAUUUUUCCAAAAUAGUUUUUGACCUGAUAACGUCUUUUAACCAUUUGACUCCUAAAUGGAAGACCGGUCGCCCAUCGUAUCCGUUACGUGACAUGUAAAAAAAUAUAAAGUAAACUUAGGGCAAUAGGCGAGCACACUAUCAUGCCCCGCACGAUAGAGGAAUAUAAUGAUGUUUAAAUGGCUCACAACGGUAGAUUAAAACCGCAUUCCCUGGCUGUCGGCUUCUUCAACGCAGACGGGCUUUUCGAUAAAAUACUCGCGGGCAACGAAUGGUUAAAUCGAUGAACGCCGGCUCGCAGCAAAAAGCACGAUUCAUUGUCACGUCCCGCCUGAGCCGAGCGGGCAAAGAACAAGAGAUUGAGAGGCAAGAUAAGCCAUACCUCCAACAGACUUUACAGACGACAUUUUUUUAAUUAUGCGAUUAGAUAAUUUAAAAUUCACGAAAAUCUCGUUCCUUCUCCAUUAUAAGUCUACAUAAAAGCCCCUAUCUU